AUGGAUGUGGAUAACACCACAUUAGAGGCGAGGGAGCAUGAGUCGAUUAAUCAUGCGUUGGAGCGAGCUAAUUCGACUAGCGAGACUCCUAUCGUCCCACUUGAACCUAGUUCAUGGGAAAAUCUUCAAGGAGUUGGAGAGAAUAUUUUUAUUGUUGCUCCUACCCCACGUAGGUCUGCCAGAAUCAGAAACAAACAAUUUGUUGAAGUUCUGAUAACUAAGGAUUCUGAAAUCUUCUUAUUGGAGAAUGAAGAACCUACAACCUACAAGCAAGCUUUGGCGAGCCCCAACUCAGAUAAAUGGCUUGAGGCCAUGAAGUCCGAAAUGGAAUCAAUGUCUAAAAAUGAAGUGUGGACCCUAGUUGACUUGCCUGAUGGGGUUCUUGACAGGUUUGAGAUGAAAAACUCCAAGAGAGGAUUUCUCCCCAUGUCUCAUGGCAUUACGCUCAGUAAAUCUCAAUGUCCGGUUAUGCCGGAUGAGAUGAGACGUAUGGCUAUCACUCCUUAUGCUUCUGCAAUAGGAUCGAUAAUGUAUGCCAUGAUUUGUAUGAGGCCGGAUGUUGCAUUUGCUCUAAGUAUGUGUAGCAGGUUUCAGGCAAAUCCAGGUGAUGCACACUGGACAAUUGCCAAGAACAUCCUUAAGUACUUGAGAAGAACGAAAGGAAUGUUUCUAGUUUAUGGUGGCGAAGAUGAGUUGGUUGUCAAAGGUUAUACGGAUGCGAGUUUCCAAACAGACAGGGAUGACUUUAGAUCAUAG